AUGGCAGAGAUAAAAAAUUUGACAAAAAAGAAAGAGAGCAUUUACAACACACAGGAUAAAAUAAAUAACAACAAUGUGAGUAAUAAUAUUUACAUUAAUAAAAAUAUUAAUAUCUAUAAUAACAAGAAUAUUCAUAUUUAUAAUAAUGAACCCAAUAAUUAUAAAGUAAAUUAUAUCAAUAGUAUUCAUGGAACUCCAAGGGAUGUAUACACAAAAAAUUAUAUAUCUAUAAUAAACAGUGAAUCUAAAAAUAAAAUGACAAAUGAAAAGAAUGAAGUAAAUAUUUCUAAUGGUAAUAUAAAAAAUGAGAAAAACAAAAAAGGGGGAUCUCAAGAAAUACGAAAUGGUAUAGAGUAUAUAAAUAAUAAUAAUAAUAUACAAGAAAAAAAAAAAAGUAAUAAUCAUAGUAAAAUAUCUUGUUAUUCUAAUGAAUAUAUGAUAAAGAACAAUGAGCAGAUUCAUAUGAAGAAUACUACAACAAUUAAUAGUUAUGAAUAUAAUAAUAAUAAAAAUAAUAUAAUAAAAGAAGGCAAAAAAGAGAAAUGUUAUUUAUUAUACAAUGGAAAUAAAAAUGGUCCUUAUUAUUAUAUGAACGAACAAAAUGGUAUAGACAAUAAUAAUAAUAAUAUUAUUAAAGGUGGUAGUAUUCAUAACAAUGUUUAUUAUAAUAUCAAGCCUGUAAAUAAAUACGAACAUUAUUCCAAAUAUCUCGCACCUGUUAUAAUUAACAAUAAUAAUAAUAAUAAUAUAGAUUGUAAUUGUAUAAAUAUCAAAAAUAAAAUUAACAACAAAGAUCUACUUAAAAUAAAUAAUAUAUCUGUUUAUGAUCAAAAAAAAAAUAAAAUAAUAAUAAAUAAUAUUCAUAAUAAUAAUAAUAUAUUUUCAUCAGAUUGUAUACAAACUAAUAAUAUAUAUGAUCCUAUACAAGGAAAAAAAUAUAUAGAAUCAAAAAAGUAUAUGUCACCAAGUAUAAAAAAUAGCCAUGAUAAUUUAAAAGAAAAGAAUAAAUCAUAUAUUAAUAAUAUUAACACACAUCUGGAAUAUAACACAAAUAGUGUAAUAAAAAAUAGUAAUGAUAUAAAUUAUAAUGACACAAGUAAUUAUUAUAAUAAUACAAAUGAUUAUAAAGUGGUGUAUAAUAAUAAUAAUAAAUAUGUAGCACCUAUUUAUAAAUCAUCAAAUAAUGUUAAUGUGGAUUUAAAAAAUGCAACUUGUGAUAAUGAAAAAAAAAUACAAAAACUUGACAAAAUUUAUAACGAUUCUGAAAAUGAAAAGGUAUAUGAAAACAUUCAAAAUGAUCCAAAGAAGAUACAAAAAAAAAAAAAUAUAUAUAAAGAAAAUAUGACGAGUAAGAAAAAUGAAAUAAAUAAUAAUGUUCCUCAAUAUUGUAAUAAUAAUAAUAAUUAUUAUACAAAAGAGGACAAUUAUAGAAAUAUAAAAAAUAAUGUAGAUGAAAAAAAUAUAUUUCCAUAUGAAAAAAAUAAUUAUGAUAAUGAUAAUAUUUUACCAAAAAAUAAUGAAUCAACUGAUGUAAAUAAUAUUCAUAAUAAUAUAAAUAAUAUAUAUAAUAUAAAAAAUAAAUCUGUGGAAAGAUCAUCAUAUAUAAAUCAAAAUAAUUUACAUAUUAUAAAAACAUAUAAUGAAAAAAUAAAUGAAGUAUCACCUUCAAACGUAAUAAAUUCAAAUGAUGAUAUGGAAAGUGACCAUUAUGAAUCUAUACCAAGUCAAAAUGUAUCACUUAGUAAGAUAGCAGAUAUAAAUAUUCCUCAGAAUAAUACAAUAUAUAAUAAUGUAGAAGAAAAAGAAUAUGAGAAAUAUGAUUCAUAUAAUGAUAAAACUAAUGAUAUAUAUAGUGUAGAAGUUAUGGAUAAUUUAUAUGAUUCAAAACAUAAAAAUAAUAUAUAUGAUAAUAUAAAUAAAGAUAUAAACAAUAUAACAACGAAAGAGGAUUAUUAUAUUAAUGAUGUAAAUGAUAAGAAUGAUAAUAAUAAAUGUAAUUAUUAUCAAAAAAGAGGAAGUAUCAGUUAUAGUGGUUUAUUAACAUCAAUGGUUUCAUCUAUUUUAACACAACAAAAUGAAAGAAAAAUAAAAGAAAGCAAUAAUUGUUUAAAUUAUUCUUGGGGUAUUGAUAAAUAUGAUUAUACAUUAUUACAAACUUUUGAAGAUAAUACAGAAACAAAAAAUAAUAUUAUAUUAAAAAAAAAAAUUAUGGAAGGAUUUAAUAAGAAAAAAUCUAAUGAACAUAUUUUAACUUUAACCUUAUCAUUAAUGAUAUGUAUUUCUAUUUUAUGUAAUUAUGAUCAUGGAGCUAUACCAGUAACAUUAGAAGAAAUACAAAAAGAUUUUCCAUUAAGUUAUAUAGAACAAUCAUUAUUAGGUAGUUUAGUUUAUUUUGGAUUAAUUAUUGGUACUAUAAUGGCUAGUGUAUUAUUCGAAUUAUUGUCAGCUAAAUUAUUAGUUACUAUAAGUAUCAUCUUAUUAUCUAUAUCUUUAUAUAUAUUUAGUCAUGCAAAUUGUAUUACCUUUAUGUAUAUUUCUAGAUUUGUAAAUGGACUUUGUCAAGCUAUACCUGUUGUAUACUUACCUGUAUGGGUUGAUGAAUUUUCACCUGAUGAAAAAGCUACACAAUGGAUGUCAUAUAUUCAACUAGCAUCCAUAGGAGGAACUGUUUUUGGUUAUUUCCUAGGAGGAAUUCUAUCAAAUAAUUCUUAUACUUAUCAUAAAAAUGAUUCUAUUUUUUCUAAUGUAAAUUUUGUUACUACAUGGAGAUCUCCUUUUUUGAUUCAGGCAUUCUUGUUAUUACCAAUUUUUUUAAUUAUGAUAUUCAUACCUUCUGACAAAAUUAAUAUAACCUCUAACAACACUCAGUGUACUGAUGAUAUAAGUAUUCAAGAAAUUGAUGACAUAACACAAAGUCAAAAUAAAAACCAUAAGCACAAUAAUAAUAUUACAAAUAAAUAUUCGAAUCAUAAAUAUCCUAAUAAUAUAUAUAAUUCAAAUACAUAUGACAAUAUAUAUAAAACUAACAAUUACAUUAACAGUUAUAAUAAUAUUUAUCAUAAUAAUAAUAUAAAUAUUUGUCACAAUAAUGAAACAAAAGAUAUUUCAUAUACAUCCAGAGCCACAAAUAAAUCCAUAGCUGAAAAACAUAAAUAUAGAAAAAGUAAAUUAUUCAGUGAUUCAAAAAAUAAAUUAUUGCGUCGUAAUUUUAAUAGAUCAGCUACAUAUAUAAUGGAAAAGAAAACUAAUGUAUUAAAAAAAACUCUUAAAGAAGUGAAAAAAUUAUUUCAUAAUAAAUUAUAUAUUAUUAUAACCUUAGGUAUGAGUAAUCUAUAUUUUGUAGUAACAGGUAUACAAUUCUGGAUAACUGAAUAUAUGUCUGUUGUUUUAUUAACAGAGAAAAUGAAAAUUGUUACUGUAUCAACUUUAUGUUUUUUAACUUCUCCUACUUCUGGAGUUUGGUUUGGUGGCUUUGUUUGUGAUUUAUUCGGAGGUUAUAAAAAUACAAAUUAUUCAAAAACUAUAAAGGUAGCAACAGCAUUUGCUAUAUCCGCAUGUAUAUUUGGCAUUCUUUCUGCUCAUUUGAAGAAUUUUAUUUUUUUCUCGAUAUCCUUGUGGUUAUGUCUUUUUACGGGCUCUGCUUUGGUUCCCGUUUGUGUGGGAAUGCUCUUAUCGUGCGUUAAUAACCAUCAGAAGAGUUUAUCCUCUGCUGUCUCUCAAGUCAUAUAUAAUGUUUUUGGUUGGUUCUCAGCUCCUUUGUUGUCUGGGAUUAUUAUGGACAUAAUGCACAAAUAUACCAAUGACAAUAGAUUGGCUUUAAAAGCUGGAUUCACCAUGAUUUUGUAUUCUAGUUCUAUAGGUUUUCUUUUGUUGUUAUACGCCAAUUUUUUGGACCUUUCUGAGAAAAAAGACAAUGACGAACUGAUAGAAUUAGAAGAACCACUCACUUAG